AUGGCACACCUCUGCCAAUGCUGGAGUUUGGUAAGUUGUUCCCACACGUUUGAAAAAAAUUUCCUCAUACCAUAUCUUCCUCUUGCAGAUGAGGUGGUGCCCACUAAAAAACCUGUCUAUGUCCAAGAUCAAAUAGCCACCGAUGAUCAGGGAAGGCGACGCUUCCACGGUGCCUUUACCGGCGGUUUUAGUGCCGGAUAUUGGAAUACCGUUGGCUCCAAAGAAGGUUGGACCCCACAAUCAUUUAAGAGUUCACGUUCCGAAAAAGCCUCUGGCCAUAGCCAACGUCCGGAGGAUUUUAUGGAUGAUGAAGAUUUGGGGGAGUUUGGUAUAGCACCCAAAGGCCUGCAAAUACAAGAAGACUACACCGGCCCUGAGACGUCUAAAGAACAAAGGAAAAGGAAAUUUUUACAAAGUGAUUUAAAGGCGAUACCAGGAGAACCGGUAUUGCAACAGUUAUUAAGGCCGGUAAAGGAUAAAGUAUCCGUAAGGAUAUUAAAAUCAUGGGGUUGGAGACCGGGCCAGGGUUUGGGUCCACGUCAAACACGCAAGGAAAAGAAAAAAGCCAGAGAACGUAACAAAAAGGAAUUGUAUCUAUUGGAAAAAUAUGGCUGUGAGUUGCCGACAAAUAAAGCUGGCGGGCUUGAUAGCGACGACGAUGAUCAGGAGGAUGAUGAUGACGAUGGAGAUUCUGAUGAGAAUGACAUAACAUUUGCCCCCGAAGAUUUUGAACCCAUUCCGUAUGGGGUUAAAGAAGAUCGUUAUGGUUUGGGUUAUAAACCCCUAAGUCGCCAUUCAGUAUUGGGUGGAAGUAGUCAAACAUCUACUACUUCAACAGGCCCAAAAGAACAUUUCAAUUUAUUCAAACCCCUUGAGAUGGUGGGUAAAAAUAAUCAAAAAAUCUCCUUUGCCGGCCAGGCAUUUGGUGUGGGUGCCCUGGAGGAGGAUGACGAUGAAGAUGUCUAUGCCACCGAUGAUUUGGCACGUUACGAUUUCAGUUUGGAAGAUAAAAAGAAACCCAAGAAAUCGAAAAAAUCUCUAACCCCCGAUGAAUUGAUUUUUGAAGAUUUCCACAUUGAUUUGAAUCCCGAAAGGCGUUUGGAAUAUAAAAUCGAAGUACCAUUUGGUUGGCAGCCACGAAAUUGGUAUGAGAAACGAUCACGCUUCGAACCAUUAGAUCCGAGAUCACAGCGACAAUUGGAUAGAAAAUUUGCUAAACCUCAAGAGCAGUCGGAUGAAACGGAAAUGACGAGGGAAAAGAGAGCAGAACUUUUGGGUGAAGAAAUCAAGAAAAAAGAGCAGGGGAAUUUCGUACCACCAACUGUGGUAAAGCCCACCAUUGAGGAGCUACAAAGGCAGCAAAAGCAACGUCAACAAAAAACUCAAGAUUUAUUGGAGAAAAUUUCGGCUAAAUCUUCCAGUUUUCAGAGGGGAGGUAUUAUAACGCUGGAGGGUGAAGAGAAGCCGGCACCACCUUUAUCAGCUGAAGAAAUUUCUUCGGCCUUCAAACCUUUCGCCAAUGAUGAAGCCAAACAGAAACGUUAUGAGAAAUUCUUGGCAGCCAAUUUACAAAGCGAUUCGGAGAUAGAUGCCUUUCUGAACGAUAUCCAACCCAUAGAGCUGUCGCUGUGGGAUCGGCAAAUGGAGAGGAAGGAAUUUGUACAGGCGAAAAAAUUAUAUCGACCUUUGAAAGGGAUUAUGUCGGAUAGAUUUGUUACCGAAUCCCAAGUACAGGCUGAACAAAAAGUUGCUGAAAUUGAAAAAGACACCUCCAAACCCAUUGUGGUGGAACGCACCAAGAUGAUGUGGAAACCCCACAGUCUGCUAUGCAAACGGUAUAAUAUUGCCGAACCCUAUGGUGGUCUCAUGGAAGAUGAAAAGAAAAAAUCCAAAAGUAAAAACAAAAUGUCUGUAUUUGAUUAUUUGGAAACCUCAGUUAAUCGAAAGGAAGAUUUUCAAACUCCGGUUAUUAUACCCAAGAAUAUUGAGAAACCCCAAGAAUUGGUGAAGCAACAACACAAUGACACUCCCAAAAUAACAGAGGAAAAGGAAGAGACUGUCAAUUUAGAAUGGGAAAAUGUUUUGCAGGGCAAAGCAACAGAAACAACACCCACAACAACUGUAGAAAAAUCCAAUUUUGUUUUUAAACCCAAAACAGAUUUGGAAAAACAAGUUGUGGAAAGUUUCGAUAAACCAAUUACCGAAAAGAAGGAACUAUUUAAAUCCAUAUUUUCGGAUAGUGAAAGUGAUCAGGAAGAAGAAGAAGAAAAACAAGAAGAAAAGAAGGAUAUGUCCUCUCAACUCACAAGUGAUAUUUCUCAUCCCCUAAGUAAACCUUUAAAUGCAGCAGCGGCAAAUUUGCUGAGAAAUAACUCCCCUCCCAGGGGUAUUUUCAAGGCUUUAUUUAAUGUACCCACUAGCAAUGUAAAGGAAACAGUAAAGCCCACAGAAGAAGAGCAAGAAAAAAGAGAGGAAACAAUAACUGUUGUGGAAAAACCAAAAGAAAAAGCUAUUGAAUCCAAACCCGAAAAUGAACCGACAAAAAUUCGCUUUCAACCCAAAUCAUCAAGGGAACCCAAGGUUGCCAAUGCAAAUUCCACAUUUUCAUCUUCCAUUUCCUCAACAACUACCAACUCCACCUCAGAACUUUAUGGUCCCGCUUUGCCAUCAAAACCCAAAACAAAUGAAGAAAAGGUGUCCCCACCAUCAUCAUCUUCCACAUCUGCUGCCUCGGUGGAUGCCAAACUUUUGGAAUUAUUUAAUAAACAUAAACCCUCUGGUUAUAUAAAUGAAGUAUGGGUAGAGAAAUCUUCCAGACAUGAUAGCUCUGAUAGUUCCGAUGAUUCCAGCACAUCAAGUGACAGCUCAAGUUCAGAUGACAAUAGUGUCAAACAUAAAAAGCGUUCUAAAAAAUCAAAGAAAAAGAAAUCUUCAUCGGAUCAUAAACAUAAAAAACACAAAGAUCAUAAUCGUAAAUCAAGUAAAAAGUCGAAGAAAUCUGACAAAAAGAAGAAAAAGAAACACAAGAAGAAAUAAAACAAAUGAGUUGUUGCCAUUUUUUGUU